CUCCAUUUUGCCGACUUAGUCGCCGGAACCUACGCGGUCACCGGAACCCCCCCUGUUGCGUAUUUCCGCCUCGUGGCACCCAAUCUGACUCUCCUGCCUCGAGAAAAUGUCAUCUAGAUGGAAUCACACAGGAUGUGACCUUUUGAGUCUAGCUGCUUCCACCUAGCUGAACACAUUUGAGAUUCGCCCACGGCUGAAUCUCCUUUUGACUGCUGAGUAGUAUUCCAUGCUGUGGAUGUACCACUUCGGAGCCAUCUUGGGGACCAAGAUAGAAGGAAAACGACUAAUCUUGAUCAAACUGGCCCUGAACUCAUUGCGUUUACUGAGCAGACUAUGUUAAAUUUUCUUCCAUCGGCAGUGUUAGGUCUGGAAAGGGAGAUUUGAUAGUUAUAGAAAAGUAGACAAAUGCCAUUCUUUUGAUGUCUCCAGCUCUGUGGACUGAGAAACUCAUAUUCACUUUGUUGAUUUUUUGUGUGUUUCGAUUGGGAUGAUGUGGCCCCAGCUGCCUUAAAGUGAGCAAGGGCCCUAGGAAAGCUCCGUCCCCCAGGCUUUAUGACAACAGUGCCAAGUCAUAGAGGUCCUGCCAGUCCCUCAGAGAAGCCCCUUCCCUUGCCUGGGCCCCCGGGGGCAGAGUUUUGCCUGUGCGGGGCUGAUGGGAGAAGAUGGAGUUUCUUGGAACCACUCAGACUGCUGAUUACUGUGGUCCCAGGAAAACCUGUGACUUCACUGCGCUGCCGCCGGCCGUGCCGGCCCCAGAAAUCCAGGAAUGUUACCAGCCCUAUUACUUGCCUGGGUACCGCUACCUCCACUCAUGGAGACCCAGCCUCUUCUACAGGGUCUCCAACACACAGACCUGCCAGGACGACCGAGCCACGUGCCACAGCGCCCUGAGGCCGCCCACCAUCCUGCCUUCGCUCCGCUCAGCGCUCUUCUGUCGCUAUAGCCCCCGCGACUGGGACCAGUCCAACCAGCUGCAGAUACGCGGGGCCGAGGCCUCACGGCUGUGGGCCGGCCGGCUGAUGGGUGACUCUAUGCGGCUCAUGCAGGACAAGGACCAGCUGACACAGCAGAUGCAGCAGGGGACCUGUCGGAACCUGGGCCAGAGGCUGUCGGACAUCGGUUUCUGGAAGUCUGAGCUCAGCUACGAGCUGGAGAGGCUUCUGAAUGAGAACUGUAGCAUGGACAUGGUGAAGAAGCGGCUGGAGUGUGCGGCCGAGGAGGCGAACUGUCCGUUGCAGGUGGCCCUGGAGUGUCUGUACCAUCGAGAGAAAAGGAUCGGGAUCGAUUUGGUCCAUGACAACGUGGAGAAAAACCUUAUCCAGGAGGUAGAUUUGCUAAAAUGUUGCCAAGAACAAAUGAGAAAACUAGCUCAAAGAAUUGAAAUCCAGAUGCGGGAUAACCGAGAUGCUCAGCAUGCUCUGGAGAGGGAUCUCGAGGACAAAAACUCGGCCCAGUUUAUCGACGAGAAGUGCUUCAACUUGAGGAACACGUCGGACUGCAUUAGCUUCUUCCAUGGCAUGGAGAAGGUUGAUGGCACGAUCUCCGUGCCCGAAACCUGGGCCAAGUUCAGUAACGACAACAUCAGGCACUCGCAGAACAUGCGGGCCAACUCCAUCCGGCUGCGGGAGGAGGCCGAGAACCUCUUCGAGUCCUUGUCCAAUCAGAUGUGGAAGCAGUUUACUAACACCAAUCUGGCCUUCAAAGCUCGCAUCUCUGAGGUGAUGGACGUCAAGAACAAGCUGCAGACACAGCUGGCUAAGACUCUGCAGGAGAUCUUCCAGACGGAGAACACCAUCUUGCUGCUGGAAAGGUCCAUCAUGGCCAAGGAGUGCCCGCUGAAGGUGGCGCAGACGAGGCUGGAGUGCCGGACUCGGCGCCCUAACGUGGAGCUGUGCAGGGACAUUCCUCAGUUCAAGCUUGUAAACGAGGUGUUCACCAUCGAUGAUACGCUGCAGACCCUCAAGCUGAGGCUGCGGGAGACGCAGGACACACUGCAGCUGCUGGUAAUGACCAAGUGCCGGCUGGAGCACGAGCUGGCCAUCAAGGCCAACACCCUCUGCAUUGACAAGGAGAAGUGCAUGGGCAUGCGCAAGACUUUCCCCAGCACCCCACGCCUGGUGGGCUACACUUGAGCUGCUGCCGCUGGCCCUCGGUGCCCUGCUCCGUGCCGGUUCCUUAUGUAGUGCAAUUUGA